GAUAUAAGCCAACAAAUCAUUUGAUUGUCGACUUGAAGUUCAUUUCUGGUAAUUAUUCUGCUACUGCAGAUCAGCAUUCGCUUCGGUCCGGUUUUUGUCACUGCGCCUUCGCAUUUACAACGUGUUGCAAGCCAAAGGGCUAUAAUUCGGCCUUUUGUUAACAUCAUGUCCCAGCAGCGCGGGCCAAUUGAAAGUUCAACAGAUACGAGCUAGGGCAACGUACCAAGACAUCACUUAAGUCGUACCAUUGCCAGACAAAAAUACAUGUUACUUUUAAGUAUUGAUGUAAAACACUGGUUAAAGACCCUUGGAUAAGCCUCAAAAUCAGCCUCAAAAUCUAGGCAUCUAGAAGGGAUUCACCAACAAAAUAUCCAAGUAAAUCGAAGCUAUGCUUUUGAUCACAUCAUUAUACACAAUGUUUUGCCGCCUUACCUUUGGUUCAGAUGUCUAAAGUAACACGCUGAUGCUGGUAUUGAUCCGUACUCAAACAGUUGUGGAGCCGCCGUCUUUUAAACGUGGUCUUGUAGACGGGACCGGAAAGGAACUACUUCAGGUUCCGGGUUGAUUUGGCGGGAAAGACAGACCAUCGGACCUGUUAGAGACCGUUUGUUUUCAGACUGAUGUUACCAUGGACCUAAUAAGGAAUGAAGAAUUAAAGACCUAUUAGGCAAGGCAAGGCAAGGCAACUUUAUUUAUAUAGCACUUUUCAUACUCAAGGCAGACUCAAAGUGCUUCACAUAUAAACAUUGUCAUACAAUUAAAUUAAAUAAUAGAUAAGUAAAAGAAAAACAUAUGCAAAGAAAUGGGUAAAAUAGAAAGUUAAAAAGGCAUUUUAGUAUUAAAAUAGAAAAUAAAGGCAAAGUUAAAAAAGCUUUUUAGAAAGUGCAAUGUAUUUAAGAUUUAGCAGAAAGCUAUAGCAAACAUAAAAGUCUUCAGUCUUGUUUUAAAGGUGCUCAGAGUUGGGGCAAGUCUUAAAUCCUCUGGGAGUUUAUUCCAGCUAUUUGUUGCAUAGUAACUAAAUCCUGCUUCCCCAUGUUUUGUGUUUACUCUGGGGAUAAUUAACAGAUUGGUCUCAGAGCUUCUUAGUGGUCUAGAAGGCUGAUGUAGUGCAGGAUGUAAAGCAAUCGAAACUGUCAGUCAUCUACAUAAAGUACAUUUUUUAAAAAGACUAGAUUUUAAAGGAAUAUAGGCAUUCCUUAGCAUCUCGUCUAUUUGGUGGCACCAGAAGUUUAGUUCCAGAAUAUCUGCAUUGCAAAGUAUGAAACAGGUUUCUCCUCUCACCGUCAAGUAGACUUACUAAAGAAGGCUAUACUUAAUUUGAAUAAGAUGUUAAAUUAUUUAGUAUUGUGCAUCCUGCUUUCAAUUAAAGUUACAAAAUAUAAACAGCUAAAAUUAUAAGAAAACAUGUCCCAUGAGAUAUUGCACAAUGGUACGCUAGAUGGCGCCACGGCCCAGAAAUCUUGCUAUGCUUCGCUGACUGAGUAAAACGAAGAAGGAAGAAUAGAGGUUGUAGAAGAAGAGUUUAUGUGUUUACUUUCGGUGUUGUUGUUUGGACUAUACUGUAUAAAUCCCAUGUAUCCCAUGCAAUUCUUAACAAUUUGGAUUCACCAUGACCUUGAAUAUGUAUAAUCUAUUUGGGGACACCGAGGCGGGAUUACGUUUUUGUGAACCAAGCAAGCAGAAUAAACCAGUUUAACCACGGGUCAGUUCCAACUUCCCCUACACUCUUUAAGUCUUGUAUGUACUGUACCACUACACAUAUCUUCGUCUUUCGAAACACGACACGAUGCAUUCUGUGAAGGAGCAGUACAGGGACAUAAACCCCGUGACGGUGAACGUUAUAGAAGCGAACGUCACGUCGAGUCUGUACUGCGGCGCGGUCCACGGGCUCGAUGCCCCUGGUGCUGAUCUAGUCGAAGCCUUUCUCGUAGAACUGUAUCGCUGCAGGGUGUGUCAGUUCACAAGCAGCCUGAAGAGCAGCAUCAAGACCCAUUUGCUGAAUUCCCAUGACGACCUGCCUCCCGCGAUGGCCUCCUCCGGCUUUGAGGAAGAGGAAGCUGUAGUGAUGGAGCAAAUAGCCCCCCGCACCCCCGACUCUCCCUAUCACCUGGAACUCGAGCUCACGUCCGAGUCCAAUCACAGUGACGAUGACCCCAUGGAUCACAUGGGUCUGGACCGCAUGUCCUUCCUGCUGCCCAUGUACGGCAUUCUGCCCAGCAUGAGUCCACGAUCAUGUGACAUGGGCAUGAGUUCGAACUGUGACGGUGGUCUUCAAGUGGCGGAGACCUGUGAGGUCAGCACUCUGUUUGAGGAUGAAGAUGACGAAGAGGAGGAGGAGGAGGAGGGGGCAGAUGGAGAGGAGCCCACCAUCUUCCAACUGAAGGCCUCCUGCCCCCUGGUCCGCCCACCCAACCAGCUGGACGACCAGCUGGCCCAGUCCGCCCACCUCAUGACCCUGGGGCUCUGCCGGAUCUCCAAGACCCCCAACGUGUCCACUCCCCCGGCUCAGGUGCCCGCUUCUGUGCUGGAUGACAAGGUGGCCCCGCCUGCGUCCGCGGACCCGCUGGGCUCCAGAGGGCCAGCUGGCCAACAGGGGGUGAAGGCAGAGGAGAGGCCGGCCAGCGGAGGGUGUCGACGGUGUGGCCGGAGAAUGAGGAGGCAGGGGAAGACGAAGAGCGGCAAGACGCAGAGCUGCCGUGCGUGCCAGCGCUCCGAUAGAACCCAGCACGCCGGUGACGUGCGAGCACCUCACAGACACUCACAGACACUCACCGCUACCGCACAAAGCACCAAGGCAGCUGCUGAGCACCACACGCACACACCCAACGCGCAGAGAGCUGGCAAGGGCAAGCGACACACAUUGAGCAUACAGUCGUCAGGAACACACACAGAGGGCACACGGACAGACCGCACACGCACGCCAAAGGCAUUCGCGUGCAGCCGCGACGCAUGGCUGAGCGGUGUGUUCUGUGACUACAAAGGUGCAGCGGUUGUCACACACAAAACUGAGGAGGAAAUCGAUCGCCGCCUCUCACCAAGACUGACAGACACACCUUCUUCUUACCAACCAACCAGUAGGGGGCGGAGCCACAAUGGGGCAGAAUCCACCCAACCUCACAGGACCAGGAAGCAGAGCAGAAGCCCAGAGGGGAACACGGGAUCGAAGAAGAAAGCCCCCAAGGAGACCAUUGGUCGAAGGGACCUGUGCUGUCUGCUCUGUGACAGGAAGUUCUGCAGCAGGCUGACCCUGCGUCGUCACAUGGGCAUCCACCAGGGUAGCAAGCCUUACAGCUGCCAGCUGUGCCCCUACCGCAGCCGCCUCAAGGCCUCCCUGCUGCAGCACAACCGCAUCCACACAGGGGAGAAACCGUUCCAGUGUCCUGACCCGGGCUGUUCCUACGCCUCCAUUGACCGCAGCUCCCUGCUGCGUCACUCCCGCACACACACACAGCAGAAACCCUACCACUGUCAGCACUGCUCCUAUAGCUGCAUACAGAAGAAGUGUCUGGACCUCCACGCCCGCCGCCACCACACGGGCGAGUCGUUCCCAUGCCAACAGUGUCCGUACUCCAGUCCGGAUCGCCAGCUCCUUCUGCGACACGUGCAACGGCACCACUUACCCCUCGCAGCGUUACCAUGACAACCCUCACAACGACUUUAAACCACAACCCAUAGUGAUUGCAGUUUUUAUACACGUCACAGGUCGCUAGGACGUGACCAGUACAACCACAACUAGAUUUUUGUAUAUUUUCUUUAAUAAAAU